AUGCUUGGCAGAUCCAUACCACAUCCCAAGUCCAGCCGAUUUGAUGAAGCCGACGACGACAAUGACUUUCCAACGCCACCUGCUAAACGAAUAAAACAUGAAAGCGUCGCUGGUAGUCCUUCCAAGCAAUCGCCGAGGAAGCGAUGGAUCAAGGACGAGGUGCCGGAUUCAGAGGCGGACAGUGAUAGUGAAGAGAUAGAAGAGCAUCCUCGGGACAGAAGGACGGAUCUCGAGACAGCACUACCACCUAUCCAGACCGACAAGGAGGCAAUCCAGCGAUAUGAAGAGACCAGAGCAGCUGAACAGGCGGAGUUGGAUCUACAAGGGAGAGUAGAAGGUCGCAAGUGGAUGAGAGGCAAAAGCUCGAUUUACGUGGACGCAUUCAAUCUCGCUCUGGACAAAGUGCUCGAGGAGGAGAGUCAUCUAUUCGACGAAGCAGAGCAUACCGUCUUUUCGACAUGGCGAGAGCUGAGUUAUGAAGCACAAUAUCUAUAUACGUCGAGCUGGCAUCGAAUCCAGAAGUUAGGAUAUCACAGCGACACUGCCGACUUGGCCACUGCCAUUGAGGAUCUUCAGCUCGCCCGAGACUUGCCAUCGUCGUCCUCUGCAGAGGCUGACGAGCAUCCUGGUGAGUCGGAAGCACCCGAAGGUACUACUCUGGCCAUCGAUUUCUCCCUUGCCGAUAAGUCUGAGGACUGCAUAAAAGACCUCGAGGAGGCAUCUUCUUUACUCUUACUAGAUGAGCUAAAAGCGCUCGCCAAAGAUGCCAAGGUUCAAGGCAAGAACAAAAAGGAACUCCUUCGUGCUUUCAGACGUACAAGUGGCAAGCAGACAGGUCUAGGCUUCUCGAGUUUCAAGCGCUCGGAUACCGAAGGAUCGGUCGUUUCUACUGGGUCUGGUCUUGUGGACGAAGAUGACAGGGAAUCCACGCCUUCCAGACCGGAGAACAGAGAUGUUUACUGGGUUAAUAAGAUCAUGGCAGAGACCGGUCCUUGCAUACGACUUUCGCUGCCUACGCUAAAGCUUUUCGAGCGUGUUCAUCUGGUCUUCUACAGGUCGACGGAGUGGACGGAAAAGUCCUUGACCACCAUAAUUCUCGCUCGUAUAGCACGUUGGAACUUUCCAGAGUACAUCGUGUCUCGAUCUGCAAACAUCUUUGCAUCCCGGACACUGCUGUUGGAGUUCGAAGCCUCUUUGCGUACACAAUUCCGAGUCGACAACGUACUCGAGUUUAACGGUACACCCACCAGAGAGACUCUAGAUGAUGUCCUCGAUGUCUUCGAGGAAGUCUACCCUCGUUGGAAAGUGCUGUUGGCGGAGGAGCAGCAGAAGGAAGACAGUAUCUAUAGCACGGGCGAAGGCGCAUACCUUCGCCGGCUCUCACCAGCCUGGGUGUACACACGUAUCGUACAUAAAGGCGCGUACGUGCUAGCCAAGUUCAAGAAGCAUCUUCGCGAGCAUGAGGUCCUGUGCGAACUACUGCAGCAGCGUCUCUUCCACACUAGUCGGCGGGGUGACUGGUAUCAGCGCAAAGCUCUACUAGAGGAGCACUACAUGCAUCUUCACCUACCCUCACCAGCAGACUGCAAGGACGUGGAGAGCAAGAAGAAGCACUGGAAGCGCGUCGCCCUUCGUACCUGUGAAGAAGGACUGCAAGACCAGCUGACCCACCUCAUCUUCCACCACGACCUGCAGAAACGUACGAUGAAGAUAGAGAAACAGCUGAAAGUGCCCAAACGUCUGCAGCACGACUUUCAGCACGUGCUCCUCACCAAAGCAGCCGAACGUAACUUCAAAGGCAUCCGCAUCGAGCGUCUACCCUCUCACAACAGCAGCAGACGCAAUAGCGAACAAAAUGUCACCACAACAACCACACCAAAACCCGACCGCCGAGGCGCCAAAACAAUCUGGUUAGAUCCCCACCCAACCCCCAUAAUCGACGCCGAGACAGGGGAAGAGACAAUACCGGAGAACGAAUGUAGCGUGGAAGAAAUGUGCCUUUCCAACUACCGAGCCCUGGGCUUCAAAGGCUACCACAGCGAAUCCGGGAUCCUGCGCACGCUAUUCGCCUACCUCUUCACGGACAUCCUAUUCCUCUACAUCCCCAACGUCUUCCAAACCGAAUUCCAGACGUGUCCGCUAGAUCUACAUACGGAUGCUUUCUACCCCAGUCGCAUCUCCGAGGUCAACGCCAGGUUGAAUGGGAUCUCGAAUGGUGAGGCGGCGGCUUUGAUCAGGGAUGUUUGGCAGAUUCAUGCGGAAAGGAAGACGUGUAUUAUUGGUCUUGAUUGGGCUUUUCAGCUCGAGGAUCUGUUGGAGAUUGCUGGGGCGUGGAGGCCGGAGGCUUUGAGUACGGUUAUGAGGGUUUUGGUGCAGGAGUAUGGGCAGAGGGGGGGUGGGGUGCCGGAUUUGUUUUUGUGGAAGGCUAGGGGGAUUAAAGAUGAGGAUGGUGAUGGGGAGGAGGCGAGUGGUGAGGUGAUGUUUGCUGAAGUCAAGAGCGAGAAUGAUCGGUUGAGUGAUACGCAGAGAAUGUGGAUUGAUGUCCUCUCUGGAGCUGGGGUGAGGGUCGAGUUGUGUCAUGCUAUUGCUCAGGAGGUCCGGGUACAAUGA